GAAUGGACAAGGGGCAUGCUAAGGUCAAGUGGAAAAUCCCAGGUAAGACAUGCCUGGUUUUUUCUUCUUCUUUUUCUUCUUUUUCUUUUUCUUCUUCUUCAAAUAAUCCAGUAUGCUGCCGACUAGCAUUUGUGAUAUCCUUCAGAUACCGAUCUCAACUGCGCUCAGUCGAUACUCUACCGGCGGCUCUCGGCGAAUCUUUAUCAGACGAAGAACCCCACGGAAUAUUAUCACAUACAUGGCUCUCUCGAGGCGAGCAGAACGCUCCGUAUGAUAGGGCUAUCCCCUUUCAACCCCGAUCUCCAGGAUUACAAGGACUGCAUUGAAACCAUCGAAGCUGCCGUCCGUCGUUUUACCACCCGGGAACUCGAGGAGCUGAACUGCAGAGAAGACCAAGCGGGCUUUCCCGUGCUCAAACCAGAGCAGUUCCUGAAGACGUCGCAUGGCAAGACUCUGAAGUCGUUGCCUCCGGUCACGAUCCAACCGCUCGAGACGAAGACACCUCCCGCUCCGUUCGAAUCCCAAGACCAUGCUGGCACCUCGAGCCUGACGUACUCCCAGUGUCUUCAAGGCAUACGCGUUCUUGAGCUCUGUCGAGUCAUUGCCGGUCCAACCAUCGGCCGCUCUCUCGCCGCCCACGGCGCUUCCGUCCUCAAGGUCACCUCCCACCGCCUCCCAGAUGUACCGUUCUUCCAAGUCGACGUCAACACGGGGAAGCACGCAACGUCCCUCGACCUUCACUCCGCGGCCGAUCGCGCCAUCUUCGAUUCUCUUCUCGCCGGUGCCGACGUCGUUUUCGAUGGAUAUCGUCCCGGCGCUUUGAGCCGCCUCGGCUACGGGCCGGAUUACCUCGCAGAACUGGCCGCUCUACGGGGUAAGGGCUUCGUCUACGUCGCCGAGGAUUGCUUUGGCGGGACGGGGACGAGCGAAGCCAGUCGUGCCGAAUGGGCCUCGCGACCCGGGUGGCAGCAGAUCGCCGACUGCGCAACCGGGGUGGCAUGGGAGCAAGGACGCUUCAUGGGGCUCGAUGAGCCCGUCGUACCUCCCUUCCCCAUGUCCGAUUACGGGACCGGCGCCCUCGGCUGUGUCGCCGCCAUGAUUGGACUUUUCCGUCGCGCCACCGAGGGCGGUUCGUGGGCGGGCCGGACCAGCCUGUGUCAGUACGACAUGUUCCUCCUUUCGCUUGGAUCGCACCCGCCUGAGGUUCAGGCCCGCCUGCGGAAGACUCACGAUCCCGCCUUCUUUGAUUUGAGGCAUCACGACUCGGUGGACGAGGUUGGGAAACGAGCACUGCAAAGCAUGAAGCGGCUCCACCCUGCGCUCUUUGAAGAGAGAAUGAUGCACAAAGCUUGGAGCGACGGUUUCCAGGCGGAGGUCAUGUGGCCUAGGGAACCACUGAGAGUCAGCGGUAUCGGGAUAGGGCAUCUCAGGGCGACAAGGCCCAAUGGGUUUGAUCCGCCCACAUGGCUCGGGUGGGAAGAACAGGAGGACAUGCUGGAAACGGAUGAAUGGUUCUGAUACAUGCGACUUGGAGAAAUUCUGCUGUAGAUUGGGCGGCCUAGAUUGUAUUUUCUGCUUGUUGUACCAGCAAGCGUUCUGUUAUUAACUACUUGGUAAUUACUUAGUCCCGGGGACAGGGUAAAGGGAAGAGAAAACAGGAUCAAGAGGGGCAAAAGAAGAAGAAAAAAGAAACAGAAUGUUCAAAUGCAGAGCUGUUACAUGGAUUCUACGGUGGAGGUCGGUUAAAACGUUGAUAUUGGGGUUGUUCCCUCGGCCCCGAGCGAAGUAAAGAAGUAUGAAUCAAGGACAA